CAGCGUUUAAAUUUCAGUGAGAUUCGCUUUUGAAAAAAUUGAGCAGAAAUAUUUUGUCUCCUUUGUAUUGUUAAUGUGCUUCAUUAUCUCUCUGGUUAAAGUUAGACCUGCGGUGAGAGAUUUAUUGGAAGAAAAGCCCACAGCUGGAAAGAAGCCACGACUAAGAACGAGGGAACAGCGACAAGUGAACCAGCCCGAGGACUGAGAGUACCAACUGAAGAGAACCCUCUGACUCAGAGUUUUCAUUGAUUCAGUCAGGAGAAAGUUUGAGCCUCACCAGCAGGUGGAGCUGUCCUGCAGAGCGACCAAAGUGUAAACAAGACGACGACAAUCAACAAUCGUCAGUCAGAAUCAGAAUGGACAAAGGUGGGAAAUUGAAUCCAGUAGUGAAAGUACUGAAGAGGAUUUUACCAGGCGGAUCAUCGAGGGAAGAUGAUCGGGACACGGGAAGUAAGGUACCAAAGCAGGGUCAGAUUGAGAGCGAUGUCCCAGUGGAAUGCGAUCCGGCCGCAGAGGAUGAGGAGAAAAUUCAGCCCACAGACAGUGACGUCAGAGACACUGAUCCGGACCCUGGAACCGGCACAAGGGAGGCGACUGUCUGUCAGCUCGGAAGCUCAUUAAACACAGAAUUGUCAAGUCCCCAAGAUGGAGCGGAGCCGCAGUUUACAAUCUCUGACCUCCUGGCACAGGGGGAGGAAUAUCGACUGUACCAACUGACAAAGUUCUACAGGGACAGACUCAAACAAGCAAUUGAAGAAAAGGUUGAGAGACUCGGUUUGAUGUUGACAAAGGAGGGACAUUUCAGUAGAGAAGAAAAUGAGAAAGUCACUGAGCUGACAGAGAAGGGAAACCGGGCAGAGAGUUCCAGACUCUUCCUCAGUCUGGUGAAUGGCAAAGGCUCCCGGGCCCGGAGGGCGAUGUGGGAAUCCUUUCUGACAUGGAGGACUGAGUUACCGAAGUUGGACAGAAUACUGAGGGAAAUACAGGAACACGGUCCUGAUCCACAGGAAUACAUGAACAUCGGCCAAGGUUUAUCGGAAUUACCCACUCAGCUGAUCGAUGUUCAACAGAAACACAAGGAGACUCUGCGGACACGAACAGAAACACUGAGAGUGAACACGAUCCUGAUGACGGAGAAGGUGAAGGUUUUCCAGCUGGCUGAUCGAUACGCUGAGCUCACGGUCAUUUCUACUGUUCGAGAUCGGACACUGGUGGAACAUGAACUGCUGGCAAGAGGCAGAGACCAUGAGGAUGAGAGAGAGAAACAACUCUGCAGACAGCUGGAAAAAAUCCGUACCGAUCAGUUAUUCCAGAGCAGCUUUUCCCGGAGUAAAUCCAAAUCUGGGAGUUCAGCAGCAGUGGCCGGAAUCCCGGGGAUCGGGAAAACAACGAUGGUACAAAAGAUUGUUUAUGACUGGGCCACGGGGAGAAUAUACCAACAAUUCCAGUUUGUCUUCAGUUUCAAAUUCCGAGAUUUAAACAGUAUUGACUGUCGAAUAAACCUGAAGGAACUGAUUCUGGAUCAGUAUCCUUACUUUGGGAAUAUCCUGAGAGAAGUCUGGAAGAACCCAGAGGGAUUACUGUUUAUAUUUGAUGGUUUGGAUGAAUUCAAACACAAAAUCGAUUUUGCGGACAGUCGGAGAGAUACAGAACCAAAGCACCAGUGCCCAGAUCCCGAGUGGUGGUGUGAAGUGUCUGACAUUGUGUACAGUUUAAUCCAGGGCAAGCUGCUCCCAGGGUGUUCAGUGCUGGUGACCACCCGUCCCACUGAGUUACAUUUGUUGGAAAAGGCGGAUAUCAGUGUCCGGGCUGAAAUCCUGGGAUUUGUUGGUGAGGAACGGAAGGAAUAUUUCAUCAGACAUUUUGAAGAUCAGACGGUGGCGGAAGCUGUUUUCAAACACGUGCAGGAGAACGAGAUCCUGUACACCAUGAGCUACAACCCCUCCUACUGCUGGAUCCUCGCUCUGGCACUGGGUCCCUUCUUCACACAAAGAGUCAAGGACCCACAGCGAGUUCCCAAGACCAUCACCCAACUGUACUCCUACUAUAUUUAUAACAUCCUGAAAAACCACGGCCGUGAGAUUGGGAGACCCCGUGAUGUGUUUCUCAGGGUUGGUCAGAUGGCCUUCAGAGGAGUGUCCGAGAAGAAGAUUGUGUUUACAGAUGGAGAUUUGGUCAAGCACAAUCUUCAGCCUUCCCAGUUCCUGUCCGGGUUCCUGAUGGAGCUUUUGGAGAGAGAGGAUUCUGCCUGGAGCGUGGUGUACACAUUCCCACACCUCACCAUCCAAGAGUUUGUAGCUGCAGUCGCACAAUUCCUGACUAUACAUCCCAGGGAAAUCCAGAAAUUCCUGACUGAGACACACAACAGGAGAGAUGGACAAUUUGAGGUAUUUUUCCGUUUUGUUGCUGGUCUCUCCAACCCAAGUACAGCUCGGGGCCUGGAGGAGAUUCUGGGUCCAUUUCCUAAUGAAACAACCUGCCGGGUGAUUGACUGGGUGAAGGAGGAAGUUAAACGCCAGAGUGGAAACACGGGGAGUGAAGCUGGUAAAAGGAGCCUCCUGAACACAUUGCACUACCUGUUUGAGUCUCAGAAUCGUGGACUGGCUCAGGACGCACUGGGAUCUGUGAAAACACUUUCAUUCCGUGGAAUGACGGUGAACCCGAUUGACUGCGCGGUCCUGUCUCAUGUCAUCGGACACUGCGAUACAAUAAAACAUCUCGACCUGGAGGGCUGCCACAUUCAGUGUGAAGGGAUCCAGCGGCUGGGUCCCGGGCUGCACAAGAACAUGUAA